CCGGGAGGAAAGCCCUGAACCCCAAUUGGCCCAGUAGUAAGUACAUUUUAAUUGAGCCCAUGUGAUUAGUUUCCAUUGGGCUUGGGCCCUCUUGCAGAAUCGUUCCCCUUCGGUCCCCAGCAGCGAGGAAAGGGGAAAGAAGGCAACAGAUCAAAAUCCCCCAUUUUUCAUCUUCUUCAUCGUUUUCGUUUAUUCGUUCGUCGAUUGAAGGGCAAAUUCCAGUGGAAAAGUCGCAGCAAUGGAAGCUCCAGGAUCAUCGAAGCCCAUGAUCGCAACGCAGGCGGAGAUGGUGGAAGCGAGAGUCCCCAUGGCGUACAGAGACCAGUGCGCCCACCUUCUCAUCCCGCUCAACAAGUGCCGCCAGGCCGAGUUCUAUUUGCCCUGGAAGUGCGAGAACGAGCGCCAUUCUUACGAGAAGUGCGAGUACGAGCUUGUGAUGGAGAGGAUGCUCCAGAUGCAGAAGAUUCGGGAACAGGAGGCCAAGUUGAAACAGCCAAACAAAGGAGGUGUUGCUAUCGGCCUCAUCCCCAAGACUGCCAAUGCCUAGACCCAACAAUCCUGGCAAGUACGUGAAGUUGAAGGUAGCUGACAGGAUCCUUAUUUGGCCCAUCUUUCUAUUUUGGUUUUAGUUGGUUGUGAAGGAUGAUGUCGAUGAAUCAAAAGAAGAUAGAACUCUUACUUUUUUCACUCUGUUGUGAACCAUUUGUUUGAGAAUAAAGUCCUCCAGGCUACUGAUCUGACUGUUGUGGCUUGCUUGUUUGUUCUCGACCAUUCCUUUCUUUUUCUAAUUUCGAACACUUUUGAAAUAGAUGUCUCAUAACUUCGUUGUUGCGGAUUUCAGUAGACUGUAUUCUCUACCAAGAAUUACUCUGUGGUUUACAUAAGAAAAUUUUCAUUGAAAGUUCAUGUAUUUGCCAUUAAGACAUACUUAUAAGAGAAGAAAAGGAUGGCUGAAAGACGUAUAACUACCA